GGAUGUUGCAGCUGUCUGCACAACAACAAAGAUGGCGACAAGACUGUCAUGAGAAAAUGGUUGUUGGACAAUGGACGCAAAGGAAAUCAUUCAUCAUGCUAAAGAGAUAGAAAAGCUCCAUAAAAAUGGUAACUACAACGAUAUAUCACCUCUCCUUUCGCUUCUAUUAGACGCGCAUGUCUCUUUAGAACAUCUACAAAAUACUGACAUCGCGCAGAUCCUCUACCGGGUUGUCAAGUCCUGCCCAGACAUAAACGUGAGAAAAACCUCAAAAGUCCUACUUUCAAAAUGGAAAAAGUUACACAGCCAUCCACAGAUGCAUAUCUGCAGACAGAUCCAUGCUGGUGAAUCUGCAAAAUCAAAAGCAGAUGAUACUGAACUACUGAAUGGGCCUACGUUUACAGCUGCUUCCUCAGAUAGUCCAAGAAGUGAACUGGCCACGGGUGAUGCACCGUCUGCAAAAGAAACUGGAUCUCAGACACAUCCUGAAAACAGUAGUGGAAUAGCAUCUAGUGCAACACCUGGUGAACAGAUGACAAGAGAGUCAUCUUUUCAAGAGUCAGCGAUCAAGUUAGGGCAUGUGGAGGCCCCCUCUGUAAACAUCACCUCAGAGCUCUGCACAGUUCGAAAUAAAUGUGCACAGCUACUUCAGCAGGCACUGAGCCCUGAGAAGGAUCCAGAGGAUGCACACACAUUGGACACAUUAGCAGCGUUAGCCUGCAACAUUGAAAGUCACAUCCACGCAGUGCAUGGCACAAACAUGCCCAAAUACAAGACCUGUGUGCGGAGCAAGGUGGCAAACCUGCGCAAUCCAAAGUGCUCUCAUCUCAGACAGGGGCUGCUGUCAGGCCGCCUGAUCCCAGAGGACUUCGCCCGCAUGUCGGCGGAAGACAUGGCAGGUGAGGACUUGCGGAGGGAGAGGGAGUCGGAUGUGGCCGCUGGAAUUAAUGAGUGCCAGCUGCCACGCGGCGUGGAGGGCACGCGGACCUGUAAGCUGCGCUGCAAGCGGUGCCAGGGCAUGGACUGUCAGGUGACGCAGAUCUUACGGGGCACUCUCUUCCUUCCUGCCUGGGUGCGGCAGGGGAACCGCGAAGAAGCCAUGACUUUUGUGACGUGUUCAGGAUGUGGACAGCAGUGGUAUCAGAGUGGCUGGGUCUGCUUCUGACAUGAGGACAGUGGCGUUGAUUUCACAUACUAAGGCACUGCAGUAUGAGUGGGAUGAGCAGCCUCAGUGGAUUGGGGUUGAAGAACAUCAGACAGACAGACCUGCAGUUGUUUUCAAUUGUGUUUUUAAUAAGCAUUACGUAAAAGCUGAAAUUUCUAUUUUUGUUGAAUUAAAAAAAAAUAAUCUAAAAUUUCAGUCCACAUUAAGUCAUUACAUUCAGUAAUCAAUUGCCAUGAAAAACAAAUCCUAUAACCCCUCUAACUAUUACUGGGUGAUAUGGCCUAAAAAGAAAAUCUCAGAUUUUUUACACAUAAAACCUGAUUUACGAUUUUAAUUUGUUUUAAUUUUCCCUCUGCAAUUUUAUCUAGUUUGGUAGUAGGCCUAAUAAUGCUUUGGUAGUAACAGAGCAGUUGGAUGGGUGGAUAUAGUGCAGAUAUCAGGCCUACUCUUGCAUUAUCAGUAUCAUUAGUUUAUACAUUGUAUACCUAGUAGGCCUAAGCCUCUAUGCUUAUGGAUGACAUCACUAAUGAGCUCCAUUACUUUUGACAGACCUGCAGAUCAGCAGCUGGAUAAAGUUCAGUGAUGGAAUUUGAAAAGAAAAUCGAUUUUCAUAAAAAAAACUCAAUUUUCGAUUUAAAAUGUAUUUUUUUGCCCUGCCCUAAUGCAUCUUUUUUCCAUUUCACAAGAAUGCAGUUUUUAAAAUUCAGCUCAUCACCAUGACUUAUGUCAAAGUGUGUCUGUCCUAUCUGUUAAAUAGAUGUUAUGUUUAAGACCAGUGAGCUUAAUUGGUUAAUUGUAGUCUGCAUGUAAUUGACUGGAUGCAAUAUGUUCUUUCAUAAGAUCUUUCAGCCUCAACCAAUCCUAUCUUAGGUAAGUGCAUAUGAUGUAGAUAAACACGUCCACAUCAAAGACUUUGGUUUAGAUUUUUGUACACCCGCAAUCUAAAAUCAAAUCUUUAUGUUAAAGCUAAGCCUAAGUACACAGGUGGUUGAAGCACGUGCACUGUGUUGCUGCAUCACCAGGAGCGGUACAAAUACCAGAGUGAAAUUCAACAAACAGACCUUCCCCUCAGCAAUGCAUGAAGUAGCCUAACACAUUCUUGAUCUUGAACUGCUACAGCUGCUGCUUCAGUCACUGCCAAUAGUACACUAUUGCAGCGCCACUGCCUCUGCUGCUGUUAAAUAGCAGCGGGUGUGGGAACUGUAAAUAAAUGAGCAGGUUUUUGGGGCGCUUAAGUGACUUUCCCUGUCCCAAUCAGAAAAAAACAACCUGAAUUUAGUCCAUUUCCUUACUCUGAGACUGUAUGAAUGUUAUGUGUGUGUAUGCUUUUGAGGCUCUCUACAGACCUUGACCACAAAAUGUCCCCAUAGUGGACAAUAAAGACUAUCUAUCUGUGCUGCUGAGAUAAUAUCAAUCCAGUCCCAAACCACCCAGUGCAAAGCUGACCAUUUGACUGACAGGUGGUACUGUGACAUAAGACGGUUUGUGUGAUACUUAAGAAUGCAUUAAAUGAACUUCCCUUA